UGUGACGUCAGACACGGGAAUCACAUGUCUACACACUUCGGAAUAUAGAUUUUGUUGAGGCGUUUUGCCUAAGCUUGGAAAACAUUAGCGAAGGACCGCCUUCCAACUAUUAUGGACACAUUCUGUUAACAUAUUUCCAUGUGACACGGUAGAGAAGUGCAUAGAGUAUUUAUAGGAACCGGCUUUUAUAACGCUAUCAGCGGACUCGAGCAAGUAUGGAAAUCGAUGGGAAUUCAUUGUUUGUGGAGAUUCACUCACAUCAUCAUGAAGUAGGAAUAGCAAAGCGACUUAAACUUUUUUGAUCAGUGCUCGGAGUGUUUUUAUUCUUUAUCUUUUAAAUUAAUAAAUUUGAAAUAAAUAAAAGAAAAAUCGGUGUUUUUAAUCAAAGACAAUUGGAAAAAAAUUCAAGCGAGACCCUGUGAGAAAAGAAGCUGUCCCAUGUAACGAAACGUAAUGGUUUAAGUUUGUUUUUAGCUAGUUUUAGAUAUUUUUUUUGUAGUCCUAGUUUUUGUACAAAUACUAUAUCAUCAAUUGGGUGUAUAUAAGGCGCCCGAUAUAACUUUUGAAGCCAUGUCCGAGAGAGAAUUGUAAGCGGUUUUAACAAGUUUUACGAAGUUGUUUAGGCUACUACACUAAAGAUGAGGUCUUUGGCUCCCGGCAUUAGACUGAUCACGUCCUUCUCAAGAGACAGCUGGUACCGAGGUUUCACCCUCUUCCUCACCUUCCUCUUCUAUACCAGCUACCAUCUCUCCCGGAAACCCAUCAGCAUCGUUAAGAGUCAGCUGCACAGAAAUUGUUCCACCCUCAUUCGACCUCCAAACCUCAAUGGAACUGACAAUGAAACCUGGUGUGACUGGGCGCCCUUUGACCAGGACAACUACCAGACACUGUUUGGAGCUGUGGACAACUCCUUCCUGGUUGCUUAUGCCAUUGGCAUGUUUUUCAGUGGGAUAUUUGGAGAGCGCGUGCCCCUGCGCUACUACUUGACCAUCGGUAUGCUUCUCAGUGGUCUCUUCACGUGUCUGUUUGGCCUGGGCUUCUACUUGAACAUCCACUCAAUAUGGUACUACGCCUUCGUCCAGGCAAUGAAUGGACUGGUGCAGACGACGGGCUGGCCUGCAGUGGUGGCCUGCGUUGGGAACUGGUUCGGAAAAGGGAAACGAGGGUUCAUCAUGGGCGUCUGGAACUCCCACACCUCGGUAGGCAACAUCCUGGGCUCGCUCAUCGCUGGCGUCUUCGUAUCCUCGGCCUGGGGCAUGUCCUUCAUCGUGCCUGGCAUCAUCAUCGCCUCCACUGGCGUUCUCUGUUUCUUCUUCCUGGUGGAGAAACCAGAAGAUGUCGGUUGCAGCCCUCCGCAACACCAUGAGGACAAUGAGAAGGAGCCUCUCUUACAGAACUCAUCCAGUAAUGAGAUCUUCAGCAGUCCUGGCCAGUCCAACUCUAUCUCUUCUGAGCCGGCAGAGGAGCACACCAAGGCCAUCAGCUUCUGUGGGGCCCUCAGGAUACCUGGCGUGAUGGAGUUCUCUCUCUGUCUGCUGUUCGCUAAGCUCGUUAGCUACACCUUCCUCUACUGGCUUCCUCUCUACAUUGCUAACGUUGCCCAUUUUGACCCCAAGGAAGCUGGGGACAUGUCAACACUAUUUGAUGUAGGAGGAAUUGUUGGGGGCAUCGUGGCUGGACUGGUGUCGGACCAAACUGGGGGAAGAGCCUCUACCUGCUGUGUCAUGUUAAUCCUGGCUGCCCCUAUGCUGUUCCUGUACAACCACAUUGGACAGCAUAGCCUAGUAACCACAAUCGGAAUGCUGUUGGUGUGCGGAGCCCUGGUGAACGGUCCCUACGCCCUCAUCACCACCGCUGUUUCUGCUGACCUGGGGACGCAUGAGAGCCUGAGAGGAAAUUCUAGAGCGUUGUCAACGGUCACUGCAAUUAUUGACGGCACGGGGUCAAUAGGUGCCGCCCUAGGUCCUCUGUUAGCAGGGCUGAUCUCUCCGACGGGAUGGAACAAUGUCUUUUUCAUGCUGGUCACUGCUGAUAUCCUCGCCUGUUUGCUGCUGUCCAGGCUGGUGUAUAAGGAGGUGAGGGGCUGGUGUGGACACAGCCCCAGACAUAGAGGGUUCAAAGAAAUCUGAGUGGCUGCCUGGGACAAGAGACCGUAUCACACCUGCGAGGAAGGGCGCAGGAAAAAUGACCCAGUAAUAAUCCCUGAGGCACACCAUGAUUCAUACGGUACUGGUCCUUUCAUCCUUCAGCCUUAAUGGAUCCAGACCUCAUCACCAGCGGAUGAAAGGAGCUGAAAAAGGAGGAAGGGGCCAUUGAUAUUCUGGGACCAUCUGACAGAGAGAACAUGUCCUUUCCUCAAGUGACCGCAAAGCUCUUUCUCUUUUAAACCCAAAAAAUACACUUUAAAACAUUUUUUUUUAUAGACUGUCUCUCUUAUAGCCCCUCUCGGUGCUGUGUGCAUCUUUCAUGUUUUAUCAUUCUAAUUCUGUGCACGCUGUGCCUUUCCCCAAUCUCCCCUCCAGUUGACAUCACAUACCAGUAUUGGGCAAGUUGAAUUCGGGGGAGCUCGUUUUGCACAGCCGGGGGAUGCCAAACUACAUAAGCAGUAAAGGAGGAUGCAAAUGGUUGUUGAAAUGUUUAUUGAUCAAUGAUUAGAAGUUAGUUUGUAUCCACCAUGUGCACUUCGUUGUUUUGUUUUUGUCUCCACCCCUCCUAGCCGGCCUCGUCGUCAAUUUUGAGCAGGGUGUGUGAUGAUACUGAUGGUUUGUCAGGACUAAUAGUUUUUACGGUUGUGGCUAGAUAGCGUUCCCAAACUUCUUUGGCCCACAACCCCUUUAGAUUUUUUUUUUAACACCAUCGUCAUUGAUGUUCUCCCCCCCAGUUUGAUUUAGUUAGCACCAAGUCUUUUGCUCUCUGUUCUAAUGAGUCCUGCGUGGCUUGUGGGCAUUGUAGAGGAAAACAUAGGUGUUCCUGAGAGUCUUAUCUUUCAGUGAUUGGGUCAUAAUAUUUUGUAGCUUAAACCAUUCAAAAGAUAGAGCCACAUUUGUAGGAAGAAAACAGAAACCGCUCUGUUUACUACAACUAAAACUUGCAGCCUCUAUGAACUAAGCAGGAUUUCAGACUUCUCUUGCGACCCCCCCCAUUGGGAAACGGUGGGCUAGAUGGAGUUCAGCUACAGAGAGAAGUUUCUGUACAUAGCAGGUUAGGAGAAUUCAUUUAACAGCUUAGGAGAAUGAAGUUAAGGUUAGGAAAAGGGUUGGGCUUAGCUAAAAUGCAACGGUUGUCAAAAACGGUUGUCCUCGACGUGACAUGUAGAUGGAGCUGUACUCCAUCUAGUCACAAUCGUUAGAACCAUCUAUCUCGACAAACCAUCAGUAUCAUAACAGGGGCUUUUGACUUUUGCCGUCGGGCUCCUAAAUUGCAAGUUGAGCGCCAACUCCUCCCACGCGACCAACAGCCAGGGGACUGGGCCAUGCAAAACGAGCUCACCCAAUGUUUUCACGUGUGACUGAUUGUAAAUGUAUCCCUUUCAGUGGCACGCUACCUACUCUCCUAUAUAUUUAUUUUGCAGAGAAGCUAAAAUGUAAUUUGGCUCUAUACUCCAGCAUUUUGGAUUUGAAAUGAAAUGAGCAGACAAUACAUAAUGUCACCUUGUUAUUUUGGGGUGUUUUCUGUUUAACUAUUUAGAAAUGAAAGCAUUUUAUGUAUCUAGUCCCCCUGUUUUUGAAGGUGUCAAGUUUUUAGACAAAUUCACUUAGUGUAUUACAUUUAUUCAAGUUUAGUAUUUGGUCCCAUAUUCCUAGCACACAAUGGCUACAUCAAGCUUGUGACUACAAAUAUUUUGGAUGCAUUUGCUGUUUGUUUAGGUUGUGUUUCAGAUUAUUCUGUCCCCAAUAGGAUUGUAAUGGUAAAUAAUGUAUUUUGUCAUUUUGGGGUCACUUUUAUUUUAUGUUUCUGAACACUUUUACAUUAAUGUGGAUGCUUCCAUGAUUACAGAUAAUCAUGCUUGACUUGUGAAUAAUGAUGAGUGAGAAAGUUAAGGCAUAAAUAUUAUACCCUAACUUCUCCUGUUAUUGAUCAUGCUGAGAGGUUAGAAUGUUUUAGGGGCAUGAUCUUUGUGCGUCUAACUUUCUCGCUCAUCCUUAUUCACCCUUAAAUGACAGGUGACAUUCUGUCUUGUAGGUUCAUAUAAAACAUUUAAUAUCAAAUCCAAGAUGCUGGAGUAUAGAGCUGAAUUUAAAAGUUUUAGCUCCACUGGCCUAGUAAAUACCUAGGGGACCAGUGUCCACAAAUGGUUCUUUUUUUUCAAUGAAUUGGUGUUUCAUUCUUUGUAGAUAUUUAUUUUUUGUUGACAUUUUAGUAAUUUAGAAGACACUCUUAUCCAGAGUGACUUACAGUAGUGAGUACAUACAUUUUCAUACUUUUUUUGUACUGGUCCCCCAUGGGAAUCAAACCAACAACCCUGGCAUUGCAAGCACCAUCCUCUACCAACUGAGCAUCCUCGCCAGUGGCCCAUGUUAAGGUGAUAAUUGUACUUCAGGGACCCUCUGUUGCUUUGUUGUAGUCAGAGGCGUUGUUAGAGGGGGAGUAGUCUUUUUUUAAUAUAAUUGAGGAGGGAUGCAGAUAGUUGUAGUGCCCCAAAUAAAGUCAGAUGUUAUGCCAUGCAUAAGCUAUGCAGAGGGCAGGCUGUAUUAUGUUACAUGACUAAUAUUCCAAGUACAUUUAGAAAAAAUGUAAAUGAUGAAGUGUAGUGUAUGUACAUCAGAUGUCUGAUUUAAGCUGAAUAAAUCUGAGCAUGACCAACUA